CAAAAGUUAAAAAUCUUAGUAUAAAAGAAAUGGCAUAGUUGGCAGAACUUGAACGUAGAGGGGAAGAGAGAAUGGACAGUAGUACAGACUCUACCAUGGCUGCAGGAGUCUUGCCUCAAAAUGAACCACCAUAUUCCAGUUUGGUGAAUAACAGUGGGUAUGCUGCAAAUAUGAAAGGUUCUGAGCUGCAAGCCGUGCUGAUUUUGCUUUUGCGUUGCUGGUCUUGCUGCUAUCACCAGCAGUUAGCCGAGGAAGACCUUGGGGUCACUGAUAACAUCCUGGCCAUGGCUCGGCCAUCCUCUGAGCUCCUUGAGAGAUACCACCUUAUCGAGCAGUUCCUCAGCCAUGGCAUAAAAACAAUAAUCAACCUGCAGCGCCCUGGUGAGCAUGCUAGCUGUGGGAACCCUCUGGAACAAGAAAGUGGCUUCACUUACCUUCCUGAAGCUUUCAUGGAGGCUGGCAUUUAUUUCUACAAUUUUGGAUGGAAGGAUUACGGUGUAGCAUCUCUUACCACCCUCUUAGAUAUGGUUAAGGUGAUGACAUUUGCCUUACAAGAAGGAAAAGUAGCUGUUCAUUGCCAUGCAGGACUUGGCCGAACAGGUGUUUUAAUAGCAUGUUAUUUAGUUUUUGCAACGAGAAUGACUGCUGACCAAGCAAUUAUAUUUGUGCGGGCAAAGCGACCCAAUUCCAUACAAACCAGAGGACAGCUACUCUGUGUAAGAGAAUUUACUCAGUUUCUCACUCCUCUUCGCAAUAUAUUCUCUUGCUGUGAUCCCAAAGCACAUGCUGUCACCUUAGCUCAAUAUCUAAUUCGCCAGCGUCAUCUGCUCCAUGGUUCUGAGGCCCGACUUCUGAAACACGUGCCAAAAAUUAUCCACCUAGUUUGCAAAUUACUGCUGGACUUAGCUGAAAACAGGCCAGUGGUGAUGAAGGACAUGUUCGAAGGAUCUAGUCUCUCUGCUGAAAUUGAAAAAACCGUGUCUGAGAUGGUCACAAUGCGGCUGGAUAAAGAGUUACUGAGGCAUGACAGUGACACGUCUGACCCAUUUAACCCUACUGUAUUGGUGGCAGAUUUUGAGAAUCUUUCUAAUGAGCAAGAGUUUGACCCCCUUUGGAAGAGGCGGAACAUUGAGUGCCUUCAACCCCUGACUCAUCCGAAAAGGCUGCUCAGCUAUAGUGACUCAGAUUUAAAGAAGGCUGAGUCACUCCUGGACCAAGGGGAGACUCCGUGGACAAUGCCUGCCCAGGUCUUGCUUUGCCAUAACCUCAGGCAGCAGAGGCCCAUAAGCCAUUGUGAUGUCCCACAGCCUCCAGAGCUAGAUUUACAUAAGGAAGCAUUGGUUCGAAGCACGUUUUCUUUCUGGAGUCAGUCUAAGCUUGGAGGCUUGGAAGGACUCAAAGAUGCUGGGCCACCACUUUUCCACACGAGGAAUAUUCCAAAGGAAAUACAGCAAAGUAGAACCUUCUCUGUGGGUGUUUCGGGUUCACACAACCCUGGGGAACCAGUUACACCCAACUCUGCAAAUGUCUGUAAGGAUCCAAACCCUUCUCGCCAGCAAGUAGCCCACUGUCACUGUGAAACUCAUGGUGGUUGGGGCCCAGGCUCUUUAGAGGAGGACAUUGGGACUCACCACAGCCCUCUGGACUGCAGCUCCAGUCUCAAAGCACAGUUCUUGGUUGGACCCGAAACCCAGGACAGCAAAGUUCUGUCUGAAGCAGCACCACACCCUGCUUUGCAAUCUGAAUUGAGUGUCGAAGCAAGGAGAAUACUGGCAGCCAAAGCCCUGGCAAAUUUAAAUGAAUUUGGAGAAAAGGAGGAAGUGAAAAGGAAGGUAGAAAUGUGGCAGAAAGAACUAAAUUCCCGAGAUGGAGCUUGGGAAAGAAUAUGUGGUGAAAGGGACCCUUUCAUCCUGUGCAGUCUGAUGUGGUCUUGGGUGGAGCAACUGAAGGAGCCCAUAAUCACCAAAGAGGAUGUGGACAUGUUGGUUGACAGACAAGUGGAAGCCGCAGAAGCGCUGUUUUUAUUAGAGAAGGGACAACACCAGACUAUUCUUUGUGUGCUGCAUUGCAUAGUGAACCUGCAGAAGAUUCCCAUGGAUGUAGAGGAAGCUUUUCUUGCCCAUGCCAUUAAAUCUUUCACUAAGGUUAAUUUUGAUUCUGAAAAUGGACCAAUAGUAUACAACACCCUGAAGAAAAUAUUUAAGCACACGCUGGAAGAAAAAAGAAAAAUGGCAAAAGAUGGCCCUAAGCCUGGCCUCUAGUGAAGCUUACUUUCCCCCUAUGAUGGAUAUUUCAAUAAGACCUAAAGACCCAGACAACAUUUCUGUUCAUAUGUGAAGGAGUCGAAGUUUGUGGAGUUACUUUUUCUCAUUGUACUUUUUUUUAAUGCUGUUAGUUUGUGCUGAGGAUGAUCCUUCCUGUUUGGAGCAAUUAUUUAUUUUAAAAUAUCCUUGAGCUACAUUUUUGUUUUGAAAAAUU